AUGUCAGAAGCCCACGAUGAGCUGACUGAUGAACCUCCUAUAGGGGAGCACACUAUAACCAACUCCACUCUCAAAAAAAGAUAUACACCCCACCCUGUUGCAUUACAGUUACUGGCCAUCGCCUUGUUUUUCCUUUCUCAGCUCACCAAUUAUGCAAGCGCAACCUCGAUCGGCCAUCAAUCUGGGCCGGCCGGUGAGCAGCCCAGCCUGGAAAGGCGCAAGUCGAUUCCCCACAAUGUCACUCACAACUUGAACCAGUCCACCAACGCGGUGGCCAUCGUCCUAAUUCCUGUCCUCGUCCUCGCCUCUGGUCUCUUUGCAGGAUUGACGAUAGGAUACAUGAGUUUGGAUUCCACUCAGCUGGCCGUCCUCGCUAACAGUGGGACGCCUGCACAGCAAUUACUCGCGCAGAAGGUGGCUCCAUUAAGAGCAAAAGGUCACAUGCUUUUAAUUACUCUUUUGAUAGCCAACAUGAUCGCAAACGAGACCCUCCCAAUAGUAACCGAAAAAGCUCUCGGGGGUGGAAUCCAAGCCAUCAUCAUCUCCACCGUGUUGGUGAUUGUGUUCAGCGAGAUCAUACCGCAGACGGUCUGCGCGACCUACGCACUUCGGAUAGGUGCAUUCUGCGCCAAACCAGUCCAGAUUCUCAUCUACCUUUUUUACCCUAUAGUCUGGCCCAUCUCUCGGUUAUUGACUAAGCUUAUAGGGGAACACUCGGGGGUCAUCUACCGGCCCUCCGAGCUGAAGGAACUCGUCAAUCUCCAUGCGCGCAAAUCUGAGCACGGCGGCGAUCUGGCCGAGGAUGUGGUGACGAUCAUCGGCUCGGCAAUCGACCUACAAGAACGCGUCGUCCAAGACUCGAUGACCGCACUCGACCAUUGCUUCAUGCUCAACAUUGAUACUCAGUUGAACUACAAGACUAUGUCCGCUAUCCUGACCAGUGGCCACUCUCGAAUCCCAGUAUACGAAAACGUGAUUACUCCUUCUGGCACCGGUCGUAAGAUUGUUGGCGCUUUGUUGACCAAGCAAUUGAUCCUGAUCGAUCCAGAAGAUGGGCUCCUCCUGCGGGAAUUUCCACUGAACCCAUUGCCCCACGUGGCCAGUGACAUGCCGUUGCUCAACAUAUUGAAUAGCUUUCAAGAGGGUCGUAGCCACUUAGCCGUGGUCUGUCCACCAGCCAAUAGCCUAGCGCAUGUUGAACUGAAUGAGCCUAAGGUAGAAAAGAAGGGCAACUCUGGUGAGACCAGUAAACGACCCUGGUGGAGUUCGAUCUUCAAACGAAAGCACGGAUCAUCUUCGCCGAUCAUCUCCCAGGGGAAUUCUUCCGAGGCGUUUACGUUAAUGUCUGCUGUCCAGCCCUCGAAGGCAUUAUUGACUGACCAACCGCUCGGAAUCAUCUCGCUGGAAGACGUGCUCGAAGCGCUACUCGGCGAGCCAAUCUAUGACGAGACCGACCUCGACGAGCAUGGUCACAUGGCUGUGCCGCCUUAUGUGCCACCAGAAGCUGCGUUCGCGCUGAGGAAGGAACCCUCGUUUUCGUCGCCUUCCCCGGACUAUGAUUCCAAGUCCUCCUCGUAUCUGUCCGCCGGUUACGAGAACCAGGCUGAGAUUAUCUCGUCUAACGGGCUCUCAUCCAAAAGAGCUGCCCCAUCACACCAGGUCUUCGACUUCGAGCGCGCGCAAGUCAAGCCUCGCUCGAUACCCUCCAACCUCGGCAUGCUUGACGAAUCCCAGCCCACCAGGACGAACAAUGCUGACGGUGGAACCCGGAUAGCCUCAUUGUAUGCCCAAGCAAUGUCGGCGCCCUAUUCCGGGGUUCCAGGCGGGUCCGAAGUCGUCGAUGUGCAUGUGCCAGACAGAGAGGUCGACCUGCAUCGUGGGUUCACUUCGUCGAGCCGAAAGUCAUCCUUGCGUCAUCACCAGAACCGAACUGUCGUAUCGAAAGACCUUCACGCAGCAUCUGUCAAUGAAACUAGCCAAACCGAUCGCGAGCCGACGGGAACCGUUCCCUAUUUGAUGAGCCCUACAGAAGAUAACUCUAAUUUCUUGGGACAGCCUUCAGAUCUCAGAGAACUCAAUCCUGAUGGAUCUCCGGAUAGGACGACUUCAGUCUUCCAAGCAGGACCAGACCGCACUGGUUUGCACAAAGAUAAGAGCCCAACUCAACAAAAGCGUUGA